UUUCGCUGCAUAGUUCAAACCAUAUGUGUUAGGCAUACUUACCAAGAAGCAAAACUUUAUCCCCAGCAUGGCCAUUUUUUCUUAGGUGAAAUCUUCUUUGCUCAAGUUCCUAGUUCCCACUGCAGGAGUAGAAUAAAAUAACAUAUCCACAUGGAGCCAAACCCUAGUUCAUCUAAAGCUGACAGAAAAACCAUUGAGAGAAACAGAAGAAAUCGGAUGAAGACCCUUUAUUCCAAGCUCACCUCUCUUAUUCCUCCUCAAUCCAGGGAAGCAUCAUCUCUGCCAGAUCAACUUGAGGAAGCCACAAAUUACAUAAAGAAGAUGCAGAUCAAGUUGGAGAAGUUGAAGGAGAGAAGAGAUUUUACUAAUGGAACAAGAUUAAGCAGUGAUACAGAUACAGCGUCUGCAGGUUUGAGACUGCCCCAUAUUGACAUUCAAGAAAGGGGUUCGGCUCUGGAAGUGGUUCUGAUAACUAAGUCGGAUUGCCAAUUCAUGUUCACUGAGACCAUCCGUUUGCUCCACGAAGAAGGAGCUGAGGUUGUCAAUGCCAGUUUUUCUGUGCUGGAUGAAACCAUUUUCCACACUGUACAUUCCAAGAUAGGAGAAUCAGCACCUUGUUCUGCAGCAGCAAGGAUAUCCGAGAAGCUAAAGAAGUAUGUUUAUGGUGACAAUUAGUUAACUGAUCUGACAUGUUUUUUCUUGUUUUUCAUUAGUUUGAGUCUUGACUUGUUAUCAUUCCAAAUGGAGAUCAAUUCAUUUUCCCUACCGUUUUUGUGUCACGUCUGAGGUGUAAGAUGUGAAUCUCUUGAAUCCGCUUCAAUUUAUUGACUGAUUAUAUGCU